AUGAAUGAAAACUUGCUGAAAGUCCUCAUUCCAACUUCUGUCUGUUUAUUCGCUCUUUUCUGGAAGUGGUAAGGUGACAUUAUGCCCAGUCAUCUUUCUUUACAGGCCGUUGUUAUCUGUAGCAUGCUUCUUUACUGCAGCCACUGUAUUCUGGCUGGGCUAUGACUUCCUGUCAGACGAUGGGAAAAGAAAUAAAUUCGAUUUGGCAUUAUCCAAGUACCUAUCUCAUCAAGAGCACCCAAAAGAUGAUAAGGCCGAACAGUUUUUGAAAACAGCUCCAUGGUGUGGAAUUGAACUCCCAGAGAAAUUGAAUUCAAAACUAGAAGAACUGAUCCUGUUCUUGAUAUCAGACUACGUUGACAGAUGGUAUAAAAAGGAAAUCAGUGCUGAUAACACGUUUUUGGUGGAGAUAAAGUAGGACAAGUCGCAGAAAAGGCAACCAAAUUCCAGAUAUCAGAUUCGAUAUGGCGCCGCGGUUGCGUUUCGCGCCCUCCGGGGCUAUGACAUUGUUAUGCUUAUCGAGAAGGAUGUUCUUCCUAUCGUGGCGUUACAUUUAGCGAAGAGACUAAAGAAUCGCGAUGAAAAUCAUAACACUCAUUUAGCUGUUACACACGAUAAAAAUUUCGAGAUUUAUCUCAGAGAAGUGGCUGAUAUCUUGGUGAUCAGACUCUUCGAUGAAAGCAGGAUUGGUGGAGUUGAAAUGGAUUCAGAUGCACCACGGAUGAGUGGUCGGGUGGGUGUGAUAACGUAAUAUGCAUUGUAUCUUUUUAUUUGAUUUAAUGAUACGGAUCUUUAGGAAUGGCCGAGUGAGACUUGUCGUCAUUUCCUCAGAGAACUGUUCUUAUCGGCCGUUCUGAAGCCAUUGAUCGAAUUCAUCUCAGAUCCAGACAAUAUCAAUAAUAUUGUCAUCAGCGCAUCAAAAGCUGGUACCAUUCAGACCUCACUUAAAGAUGUGGGUUAGAUUAGUAUUGUUUUACUUAUUUUUAAAGGAUCCCCAUGUUCCAUUCCUCCAAACCUUAACACAGUAUUCACUUUAUGACACCCCUGAUUCUCUCUUAAUGCUCAAUCUCAAAGACUUGUCCAAGAAUCAUCACCUUGUUCAAGAAUUUUAUGCCUAUCUCAAAGAUGCUCACGGUCCUGUUUACUGGUUGGACUUCUUUUUUGCCAUCGAAGAACUUUUGCAUGAUCUCCAUGGACAUGAUGUAGGUCAACUGAAUGUGCAAUUGAGUUUUCUAGAGGAGUGAGGAUGAUCUCAUCAAGGGAGCAAACAGUUUGUAUAACAUUUACAUCGAUCCGUUGUCGAAGAAAUCAGUCCAAUUGUUAUCUCAACAACUUCGAGAUUGUGCAAAACGUGCAAUCAAUGAGAAGAAUGUCAAAGAUCUUAACGUUAUUUGCGAGCAGAUGUACAAGGAGCUCUAUCAGGAACUCAAUUACAGCUUCGUGGUCCCAUUUUGCCAAUCAGAAUCCUAUCUGAGGUCAUUAUGUGGCACAACUGUUGAUGGAAUUGAUAUUCUCAAGGAAAGAGAGAGUACUUCUGGGGAGGAUAAGGACACAUUUAUUAAACCCGUAGUCGAAGAAGAGGCGAAAGCAGUCGAUGCAAUCGAUGCAUCCUUCUUGGAUGUUGACAAUGCUCUUGUGGAUGACCCCAUUGACAUGAAAAAUUGGACUGUUACAAUCUCCGCCAUCGAACCAAAAAAGAAAUUUGGAACUGGGAAGGUGUAUUAUGUAUAUAGAAUUGACGUGAACAGAAACGAAGAGACGGAAGUGGAGGAUAUAGAUCUCGGAAUCGAUCCUCUGACAAUGAAUGAUCUCGAUGACAGUGAUGAUGACUUUGUGGAUUGUGCACGAGAAGAAAAGAUGAGUCAGCUGCCGAGCAAGUGGUCGAUCACUCGGACAUACGAUGAAUUCUUUGUAUUCGAGAGUAAAUUACUUCGGUUUUAUGGGCCCGAGGCUCUUUCGGUCAAAGCUCCGGAUCGCAAAAUGUUCUGUCCCAGGUCGAGAAUGUUCCUCGAAUCCCAGCGAGAUUAUCUGGAGAGGUAUUUGUACCAACUCCUACAGAGGCCGUGGAUGAGAAAGAGCAUGCUCGUCUAUCUCUUCUUGACCAAUCCUUCUGAUUCUGGAUUCGAAUCCGGUCUGAUCAAUGCCAAAAAAAUGAAUCCGAUAAAAUCGAUGAAGAAGAUGGCUGAUUCUCUGGAGACAGAUCGGAAACAGUAUCUGAAACCAUUCGUCUUGAGAUUAUUGGCCCAAUGUUUGGCCAAUGAGAACGAAUAUGCGGUGACUGAAACAGCGGCAACUGUAAAAUAUACUAGGUAAGUUGGGAAAAUUUUUUUCUGAUCUUUAAAUUUAAGUUCAACUGAAACCGAUUAUUGGAAAGAUGAGUUUUCCUCGAUUUGCUGCCAUAAUUUCACAACUCCAUUUGAAUAUUAUAAUGAGAAAUCUCAACGUACGAUAAAAGAAGUCGAGGAGUAAGUACUUAUGCCCCUAAAUUAUGCUUUGCGUUUUUUUCCAAAUUAAUCCUAUAAAUUUUAGUGGAAUUUCUUCUUUCCUCGCCUUAAUUCUCACCGACCUGUACUCAAACUCGGCCAUUUCUGCUUGUUUUAUUAGGGUUAUAUCGAGGAUAUUCCCACUAACUGCGAAUGUUUUGAUUCGCAAUGCAAUCAAAGGUGUUGUAAAUAAGGUUUUGACUCCGGAAUCCGCCUACAGUCUGGCUGAUUCACUUUACAAGCUGGUCUAUCACAAGGAGACCCAGGUGAUAACAGAAGAGGUGAGUCAAACCAGUAGACACACCUACACAGAAAAUAUGUUUGAUAGCAAUUUUUUCAGGAAAAACGGGACAAUUAUUCAGCCGCCAAAAAAGUUGUUCUGGGACUUCUAAAACACGCAAAACUCAAUAAUUUGGAGAGUCUGAAUACCGUAAUCCUUGAUAUUUUCAACAUUUUGCAAUCUCAAACAGACAACAAACAACUUGUUUUGGUGUGUUUGGACCUGUUGGUCACCAAGAUAACAGCCAAGUCAUCAUAA